ACCUAUACACACACUAUAUUGCCAAAAGUAUUGGGACACUUGCCUUUACCAAAUCGUUGGAUUCAGGUAUUCCAAUCACCUCCAUGGCCACAAGUGUAUAAAAUCAAGCACCUAGGCAUGCAGACUGCUUCUACAAAUAUUUGUGAAAGAAUGGGUCGCUCUCAGGAGCUCAGUGAAUUCAAGCGUGGUACCAUGAUAGGUUGCCACUUGUGCAAUAAAUCCAUCUGUGAAAUUUCCUUGCUACUAAAUAUUCCACGGUCAGCUGUUAGUGGUAUUAUAACAAAGUGGAAGCAACUGGGAGCAACAGCAACUCAGCCACGAAGUGGCAGGCCAGAUAAAAUUAAUGACAGAUCUGGGUCAGCGCAUGCUGAAGCGCACAGUGCACCUAAGUCACCAACUGUCUGAA